CAUUAUUUGCCAUUGUUUAGAUAUAUUUUUUUGGUACAACACACGAAAUUACGAUUGGAAUUUUUUCCUUCGAAAUUCGGAAAAAAUUCAACAAAAUUCACAAUGCCGUACGAUUGUAGCGCGAAAUUUUGCCAGGUGUGCUGCAAGAAGCCGUAUUGUUACGGAAUUUACAAAUAUCCUAGCGUGUUUUACAAAACUUGUUUUCCGCCCGCCCACAUUAUUCCACGUUGUGAUACCGAUUGGAUGAUUAACCAUAAAUACGAGAAAUGUGAAGAAUACAAAGUCGUCGAUAAAGUAAGUAUAUUCCAUGUUGUUUUAAAUGCAUAUUUAACUGCGAACGAGAACUUCAUUAGGUAUACGGUAAAUGUAUUUAUCUACAUACAAUUAUUUCCUAUAAGUUUCCAGUAAGGAAACAGCUCUAUUGGGUUUUUUAUUCAGUACUACCAACUGAUUUGUGACGUCAAAGUCACCUUUCGCCAUUAUACAGUUGGUACAAUUGCUUCCGUUUCCCUUUGUUUCCGUAACAUAACAACGAAACAAACAAACAAACAAAAUAACGUUUCCCUGGAGAUUAUUUCCUAUAUAAACAAGGUUUUCGCAUCGAUUCGUUCAUUCAUUCACCGAAGUCCGUCCA